AUGGUGGACAGUGUCGUCCGUGGCUUCACUGACCUCAUCAGCCGUUCCAACGUGAAGUACGACAAGUUUCACAACAUCCAGCAGGUGUUCUGCAAGACCAACCUCGAGGCUCAAGGCAUUCAUGAAGUUCGAUGGCUGUCACGCGGAGAAGCAGUUAGACGCCUCCUCGAAAUCCUACCUGCGGUCAUUGUGGUGCUGAAGGAGUACAACGCCGAUCUGUACGAGGUUGCCACUUCAUUCAAAUUCCACUGGAUGCUUCGCCUGCUUGCUGAUGUGCUUUGGGAGCUGAAUUUCCUGAAUCAGCGGUUCCAGCAAAGGCAGAUCGACAUCACUCUGGAGGCGCACCUGGUGCAGCAGACACGAUGGCGCCUGAAGAACCGUUAUUUGAACGGUUCCCCAUCUCAGCACUUCGGCAGCGGGGAAAAGAUGACCCUCAACGACUUCAUUCAGCGCCACCAGAAGAUGGACAAGCGGGAGGUGAAGGCUGAGGGCGUAGACAGUGAUGGCAACCCCGUGACCUUCGAGUACGAGCUGCACGAGACGGCCGGUAACGUUGAGGCGUGCUAUGAGCUGUCAUUGAAGUUCGUGCGUGAAAUCGAUAAGGAGCUGGAGUGGCGCAUGAGGGACUUGGCGCAUCUGGAGGGGUCGAAGCUGUUUCGCUCAGCAUCGGUGGUACCCAACACUACUCGUUGUCAUCAGGGCGAGUACACCAGGUCGGUCUGA